GGGCGCCGUUACAAUAGGUUUACUGUUACUCUGCCAAUUGCUGGGAUACAAUAGGACUGAAUGUGCUGGCCUGAUGCUUCUCCACUUCUCUCCAUUUUUCACUUGAUGACAAGGAAGAAAGACUGAGACGGGACAGCAUGUUAUCAGAGGACAGCCCUGAAGUAACCUCACGGACUAAUGGGGCUUAUACUGCUGAGCCUGAUUCUCCGGUACUGGAUCAGCGCCGUGGAGGGACGGUGUUCAGCCGUGACUUGUGACGACUGUCUGCAGCUCAGUCCUCAGUGCGCCUGGUGCACACAGGAGAAUUUCACAGACUGGUUUUCAGUCACUGAAAGAUGUGACACGCUGGACGGCUUAUUAGAAAAGGGCUGUGCCAGGGACCAGCUGGAGUUCCCCAUUUCCAGAAGUCAGGUCCUCCAGGAUCAGCCACUUGGGAGAAAGAAAGGCAACGCUAACAGCACACAGAUCUUCCCUCAAAAAAUGGCCCUCAACCUUCGAUCUGGAAGUGAGGUGACCUUCCAGGUUAAGGUUCAACACACAGAGGACUAUCCUGUGGACAUGUACUACUUAAUGGACCUGUCGGCAUCCAUGAACAAUGAUCUGGAGAUGAUCAAAUACUUGGGCUCUAAUUUGACCAAAGAAAUGGGCAAACUCACGAGUAAAUUUCGAAUGGGCUUUGGCUCUUUUGUGGAGAAACCUGUCCUGCCCUUCAUCAAGAUCACAGAAGAAGAACUGGCCAACCCCUGCAGCAGUGCAGCCAUAACCUGCGUGCCGACAUUUGGCUAUAAACACGUCUUGUCCCUGACGAGCAACACCACCAAGUUCAAUGAGAUAAUUGCAGCGCAGCAUGUAUCUGCAAACGUCGAUGACACAGAGUGCGGUUUUGAUGCUGUCAUGCAAGUAGCCGUUUGCGGGGACAAGAUCGGCUGGAGGAACGACUCCAUGCGUUUGCUGGUGUUUGUCAGCGAUGGUGACUCCCACUUUGGGAUGGACAGCAGGCUGGCUGGCAUAGUGAUUCCCAAUGACGGUCAGUGUCACCUGGACGUCAAUAAUGAAUACUCCAAGUCUACAGUACAGGAAUAUCCAACUCUCGGUCAGCUGAUUGAUAAGGUGGUGGAGAACAACAUCUUGCUGAUAUUUGCAGUGACAGAAAAACAGAAACAAAACUACAUGAACUAUGCAAAUCUCAUACCUGGCGCCACGGUUGGAGUUGUGGCGGAAGAUUCAGAGAACAUCCUGGAACUGAUUGUAACAGCAUACAAAGAGCUUCGCUCAGAGAUUGAACUAGAGGUCCUUGGAAACACAGAGGAGCUGCAGAUGUCCUUCACAACUGUUUGCCCUAAUGGAACCAUCUUCCCUGAUCUAAAACGCUGCUCCAACAUCAAACCAGGAGAGACAGUUGUGUUCAACGUAUCUGUGGUGCUUCCGGGAUGCCUGUCAGGAGUUCGUCACUUCUCCCUCAAACCUGUGGGCCUACAGGACAGUUUGGAGAUAGAAGUGGAGUCUCUUUGCUCCUGUGACUGCCAGCAGCCUCCUACAGCAAACACCACCCAGUGCACUGAGGGUCAAGGGGCUUUCCAGUGUGGAGUGUGUGUGUGUCAGCCGGGGUUCCUGGGAGCACAGUGCGAAUGCAAUGAGGAGAGCACUUUGUUGAGCAACUGCCUCGCAAACAAUGAGUCUGAAAUAUGCAGUGGUCAGGGGCAGUGCUACUGUGGACAGUGUGUGUGUCAUGCAUCCAGCUUUGGCCGCAUCUACGGACCUUACUGCGAGUGUGACAAUUACUCCUGUGUUCGUUUCCAUGGGGAGCUCUGCGGAGGCCAUGGAGUGUGUGACUGCGGAGAGUGCAUCUGUGAAAGCGGCUGGAAAGGGGAACACUGUAACUGCAGCACCAGCACGGAGGCGUGUGUGUCAGAAGAUGGCUCGCUCUGCAGCAGCAGGGGGAAAUGUGAGUGUGGACACUGUGUCUGUACUAUACCCGGAGCAUCUGGGGACAAGUGUGAGAAGUGCCCAACAUGUGGAAACUCCUGUACAUCUGCAAGGACCUGUGUAGAGUGUCAUCUUCAAGAUAAGGAUGAUACUGAGUUGUGUGAUCAAAGGUGCAGCAUUCCUAAGAUUUACAUCAACACAACAGGAGAUUAUGACAAGAGCCCCUCUAUGCCAUGCACGCUUAUGAUGGAGAAUGAGUGCUGGGCAUCGUUUAAAGUGGUGCAAGGGGAGAUGGGCACCACUGCAUAUGACCUCCAGAUGUACGGAUGUCCAGAGCCUCCCAACAUCCCCGUGAUUCUUCUCGGGGUCUCUCUUUCUGUCGUGUGUAUCGGCCUGAUCCUGCUGGGCGUGUGGAAGGUGCUGGUGUCGGUCCAUGACCGUAAGGAGGUGGCAAAGUUUGAGGCUGAGAGGGCAAAGGCAAAAUGGCAGACAGGGACCAACCCUCUGUUCAAGAGCUCGACAUCUACAUACAGAAACGUAACUUAUUAUAAUGCACAGAGAGAAAAGACUAUCACUAUGAAUCACUACUGA